GGUUAAUGGCGACUCGGUUGAGGAUUGCUGUGUGUGACACCACGUGCUGUUGCAUUAAACAGGUAAGGGACCCAAGGGUUGUUUUUGAUCGUUAUAGAAAUGUUCUCGACUUGUUCUCGACUGGUUCUAGACUUCAGGCUUGGCUUUGAAUUGUUAGUUUGUGAUAUAUUCAAUUGUAGGGGUUUUGGCACUGUGCAUUGUAAAGGAUGACGUACUGUAGUUAAUACUUGUAAUUCUUAAUUCUCUAACCCUAAUACUGUUUAUUCUAUAACCAUGCCCAUGCACCCAGAGUAUGAUUACUUGCAAUGCUAUUGAGAAUAGAACACAUGUAGUUAUUCAAUGGUGACAAAUACAGUACGUAUAUUGUACACAUACUGUUCAGGUCAUUAAUUUCGAGUGUGCAACAGUGGGACUGUGGGAGAGGUGUCACUUCGUGUGCCACCGUGCCCCUGACUGCUCGCUAUCAUGUUCGUUAUUACGCUGCAGUUGUAAUGCUAAUUGUGAGUUUAGUUAAGCGUUAGCUGGUUAGCACGGGUUAAUUAAUUUUGCAUUGUGGGUUUGAGCACCAUGAGUAAUUAGUGAUAAAGGUGGAUUAAAAUAUGGUGUUGCGUUAUGAUAAAUGACCAAUUGAUAUAAUCUCAGCCAAUAAAGUUCUUUACUGUCAUGGAAACUUAGUUGAGUGUGAAAUUUAUUUUAUAUUCAUUACAUGAUUAGAGUAUCUCCAAGGAGGUUACAGAGUUCCCACUUGAGGUUGGUGACCCCAGCUCAGAGUAGGUUCGCACGGUUAUUCUCUCGUCAGAUAUGAUUCAGAGAGCAUCUGAGCAGAGUCGAAAUCUAUCAACCCCAUUUAAUUCCCUGAAACUUAAUAUUUUUGUAUACUAAUGGGUGUGUAAUGGAAUGUAAGCAAAAUAUAAACUGUUAUUGGUCAAUUAAUUUGGGAUCCCAAAACGUGGACCACUCAGUACAUCGCAAAUAAGCAACGAUCUUUAUGAUGCCAAAUUUCAUUGAAAAUAAAAAAAAAUCACUUAACUAAAUUCACAAUAGCGUUGUAAAUUUCUUCAAUCAACCAUUAUGACCAAAAUCCUCGUUGUACUAACCCUCACGGCGCUAAUGUAAGUCAUCUCAUUAUCAACCAGAAAGCACAUCUGGCAGCUCGCAUGACCCACGUCUGAAUAAUCCUCCAGGCGGGAGUCGCCAGCCGUCCGUGAUGUGACGCGGGGGCUACGCAGGGUCUCGGCGCGUGAGGGCGGACCGCUGGCUCCAUGACCACGCCGACCAGAACUCCCGUCCCACCGGCCGGGCCGAGGACCGGCGACGGCGCCGUCCCCGGCCUCGUCCGCGGCACCGGCCCCGACACGACGGCUGCCGCGUCCGACGCCGGCGGUGGCGAGGCCGGCCGGCGUGCGCGCCGCUCCGCCGCCAAGCGCGUGUACUUCUACAAGAGCGGCGACCCGCAGUUUGGCGCCCUGCCGUUGGUGGUGAGCGAGCGCAGCUUCCGUACGUUUGAGUCGCUCCUGGACGAGCUGUCGCGCCGCGUGCCGCUGCCCAUGGGCGUGCGGCGAGUCACCACGCCGCGGGGACGCCACGUCGUGAACCAGCUCAACGAGCUCCACGACGGCAGCGCCUACAUGUGCAGCGACCACCACCGCCGCCAGCCGCCCGCGCCUCCGCCGCACCCGGCGCUGCACCCGCCAAACCGGCGCCCGGCCGCGGGAGUGGGCAACGUCAACGAUAACGAUGAUGACGACUGGCACUACCACCAUGACCGCCACGAUUACCACCAGGAACACCACGACCACAACCAGCAUGACCACCACCAGCAGCACCAACGACACCAUCACGGCCGUGAUGAUCUGCAGGAGACACAGCGUGGUGGUGGCGGCGGUGGAGGAUGGAGACCGGUUGUUCAGCCUCCCAGAGAGCCGCGGAGGAGCGGCAGUCACAUCAAGCGGCUGACACUGUUCAGGAACGGCACGGUGGGGUCACAGAGGGCUCUGCUGCUCAGCCGGCAGUCGGCACCCAACCUGGAGGCGGUGCUCGCCUACUUCUCUGAGAUUCUGCAGUGCCCUGUGCGCCAGCUCUACACCAGGAAUGGCAGCAAGGUGGAGAGUCUAGAGGGCCUCUUCAAUGGUCCAAGUUCCCUGGUGGCCGCUGGCUCGGAGCCCUUCAGAGCCGUGGCCUACGACGGCAUGACGAGUCGCCACAAGCUGCCGGGGCUGGCAAAGGUGGCUCGUGGGCCGGAGCCGUCGGCCAAACCCGCAAACUUUGGUCUUGAAGCGAGCAAGAAAGUAAUUCACCCACGGCCACCAUCCAGCCGCCACUCCAGGUAUAGCUUCUCUAUCGCCUCGGACCGCGUGUACGGCAAUGGAGACUCCUCAACGGCAAGCCUGGUCUCUUCGGUCAGUCGGCUGGCUGCUAAGGACCACCACCAAGAUGACCACCACCACCUGCCACAUGGCCAUACGGCCGCCAAAGUGCGGCAAAUGGACAAACCGUCGGACGUGCGCAAGCAGAUUCGGGUGAACCCCGAUGGCAGCAUGACAGUGGAGAUGAAUGUGCGCCUCAAUCUGGAGGAGGAGGAGGAGACCGUGCGCUGGGUCACCAACAUCAGCCGUGAGAAGAGCGGGUCUGAGCGCCGCGUGGGACAGGCGGUCACCAACGAGGGCUACGGCAUGGACGGCAGCAUCGGGCCAAUGGGAGACAACGGCUCGGUCACCAACGCCUGCUGUGACGACGACGAUGAAGUUGAUGAUGACGACGGCAGUGACGAUGAGGUACAACGCAGGCGACGGUGCUUCGUAGGGAAGUACCCACCAAUGGAGGAGCUGUUCGGGGUGAACGCGAAGCGGCACGUGGUGGACGCACUGCAGAGGGCGGCUCUCCAGCAAGGCGGUGAUGGGUAUGGUCGCGCCGAUGACGCUGAGUUUGACAAUGAUGGGACGAGCUCUUGCUCCACGUCGAAGAACGAGCGCUUUUCCUUCUUCACGGUGGCUGAGGGAGAGGCAAAGGAGCGGCAGUUUGAUUCAUUGCCGAUGAUGACCAUGGCGCCAGCAGCGACAAACGUGUCGGCGGCACCGACUGCAGUGAUGGAAAUGUGCAACGGCGUGCUGGAGUACUGUACCAUGAGCCGGUGCAGUACGCACAGCAGCAGCUGGUCGUCGGUCAGCUCUAGGCGACAACCGCGCAAAGAAGGAGCUGACAGAGGAAGUGGAGUAGGAGGUGAAGAAGAAGAGGAAAGAGAAGCAAUGGAGCUGCGCAGGGAGGUGGUCGGUUCCGAUGGAAUUUGUUGUGUUGAUGACGAUGGUGGUGGUGGCGGCGGUGAUGCUGGUGGCGGCAAUGGUGGUGAUGGUGAUAGUUGUGAUGGUGAAGAAAACAGUGAUGUCGGUAGGGGAAAUGAAGGCGGUGGGGGGUCAUUCCAAGGGUCCGAACGCCCUCCCAGUGGUGGCUCUGAUGCCACGACCCUCGCCUCAGCUGGUGUGACCGGUGAGAUGGACCCAGCAUCAGUGAUGUCAGCUGAGCCAGAGCUGAACAGUGCAAGUGCAGCUGCAGAUGGCGAGAGGGACUCGGGUGGCCAUGUGUCCAUCGAUGGUGAGUUGACCCUCGUGCAUAACCCCAGGGAUAUUCCAUCAUCCCUCAUUUCCUCUCAAUCAAGGGACUCGCACCUUGUGGACAAAGCGGCAUGUGGAUUGCUCUCCCGUAGUGAACAGCCCACAGUCGUGAGUCCUGCGCUGUCAAUUACCUCCAAAUCUAAAGCACGGUCAAGAGGAGGAGGUGGUGGAGGAGGAGAAAACAUGAUGCCCAGACCCAGUCCCAGUCUGAACUCAGGUCACCGCAGGCACCGCAGUCAUCGUUCGGCUGCGUCCACUGACCAGAAAGGGCGAGGAGAGCUCUUGGCAAAUAAUUGCCACCCUUCGCACAGAACUAACAGCAUCCGGGGGGUAAGUAAUGACGGCGCAUGCUCUACGGUGCAAUGCGAGGAGGGGGAGGUGGGGAAGGAAAAUGACGACGACGAUGGAGAAUGUUCACAUACUUCCCCCUGCAAGCUCAGCGAUGCCGGAAUUACCACACCAGCCACGAGGUCCGACAGAGGCCAAGCUCGAAUGGCAACUCCAAGGAUCGAGUGCCACAGCGGCAGCACGGGGGGGGCAAAGGCAUCCUCACUGUUGUUUGGGAGCAUCUCCGCAAGACACUCUCAGACAAACCAAGAGGACGAUGGGGAGAAGAGCUGCACCGGGCGGCGAAAAGCACCCUCUUCCCACAGCUCCGCGUGGUCAAAGAGCUACGAGGAAGGGUCGGCCGCCAAGUUGAGCGUCUCCAUCUCUAAGUCUCCUAGCCCAGCGUCGCUCAAGGUCGUGUCAAGGCACAGCAAAAGCGGCGUCAGUGGUACCAUCAGCAGGGCUGCUUCUUCUGUGUCCUCCGCUGAUGGUCCCUCGCUGGUCCCCGUUCCCCCUCAUGGGAGGGGGAGCCGCAGCUCGCAAGCUCAGACCGCGGGGAGCAGCAGACGUGACCGGUUACGCGUCACCUCCCGCAAUGGUUCCUCGAUGGCAACGGCGCCGGCGCAUUCACUCAAGGUGUCAGGGAGGGAAGACAGGAGCAGAGCAUCAUCAGAUGGAUCCAAGUCAAGGCUGGCUUCCUUGGGCUCCAAUUCGAGAUCGGAGCUGGAUGGAAAUGCAGGCGCCGCUGGCACGAGGCGAUUCCGUGAUUCAGGUGGUUCGGUGAACGAGAUUGAACGCACUGACUCCCAGCUUAGCGAGGCGCUCCUGUCGCAACUCACAGACCUCCCCGAGGAGUCUCCAGAAGACGUUGUCCGCAAAUGGCUAACGAGGAUUCCGUCAAGAGCCAGCACGAUUCAGGAUGAUUUCUUCACAGACUUGGAUUUGAUUCCGGAGGAAGAGCAUGGCGGCGGUGCUGUUGCUGAUGCCGAUGCUGGAGCAGAUCAUGAAGGUGACCUGGGACACAACGCCACACCUUUCGAGAGGAAUGGAGAAACGGGCAUGCUAUUGCAACCGCCAAGUGAUGAUCAAGAUGAGAGAUCUGCUUCCGAGACACAGGCAGAGGAGAACAGAGAUUGGAGUGUGCUCCACGAUUCCGGAAAUUGCAGGCAUUUGCCAGAGAAGGACAAUUGCAUUAAGCAUGUUAGUGAGCAACAAUUCCACCUCAACAAAAAGCUCUUCCGGCUUCUCAAGCAGCUGUUCAGGAAGCAGCUGUCACGUCCCGAGCUGAAGAAGUCGAACAGCAUGCCCGAGUUAACGGAUGAGUAUUGGGCGUCGCACAACCAAAGCAUGGUUAUCAACAUUGUGGUGUCACUGCUGUCUUCCCUGGAGACGACUUCCAAUGAGGACGAAGCCAGCACGCCGUUUGUUCCCCUCACCGACGUCGCCCAGCGCCUUCGGAAAUUGGGUCCCGGCAGCAGCGACAGGCACAGAUUUCUAACCUCUGAGCAACUCCUGCACCUUCGGAAGCUACUCACUUCUCAGAUGCAUGGGAGGCGCAAGCAGAUGGAGUAUUCGAGCCUGGGAGAGGGGCAGGUGGGGCCUGAAGAAAAGAAAGGAUCCACUGUGGUUGAGGAGAGUGGCGAUUGCGGGAGGCCAGCAGUGUGCGACGAUAACGGCUACGGCUCCAACAACAAGGACAAGAAUGGAGAUGGCGAGUCCAAGGAAGCCCUCGAUGAUGAUGGUGAUGGCCAUCAAAAAGGUGCGGUGGAUGAGGAGGAAGAGGCUAACGAGGACGAAGGUUCCCAUGUCUUUGACGGUGAAGCAAAUGCAGACAUGAAUGGUUAUGAUUCGAAUGGGGAAGUUUACGAUGUUGAGGGAGUCGUUGAUGAAGAACAGAGUGAAGGUGAUGAGGCGAAGCAUGAAGAUGAUGAUGAAGAAGGCGACGUGGCUGAAGAUAAACCGAGGCUGGAAAAUGUAGGUGAUGACGUGGCGAUGGAAAUUAACGACGAUGUCUCGCAAGGAGGUGAUGAAAAAGCUGGAAAAAUGUGUGAAGCAGAUGAGGACAUCAUUGCAGAUGAGGCUCCUGAAGAGGAGGCUGGGAUUGAGGAAACUGAAGAGGGUGGAGAUGAUGGUGAAGCCACAGGUGAGAGGGAAGUUGAGGCGGUAGAGGUGGUAUCAGCAACAGCAGCAGAAGAAAAAGAGGAAAUGGCGGUGGCAGAUUUUAGCAGUGGUGUUGCCAGUGAGGGUACAGCUGUUGAUGAAGGUACAGAGGAUGGGAGCGAUUGUGAGGAUGAUGCGGCGGAAAACGGUGACGAGGGCGAAGACGUGAGCAUAAAAGACCCUCAUUCGGAGCACACGAUUGGGGAGGUAGCUGAGGGUGAAGCAGAUGAGGCGGGGGUGGAAAAUGACGUUGAAAACGAGGCAGAGGUGGAAAUGAACGACAACAUCUCACAAGCCAACGGUAAAACAGAGGACGGAGAGUCGGAGGCAUGUGACUUUGAACAAAAGGCAAACGAUGACGAGGCAACUGAGAAGGAGAUGUCGCCUGAUGAGAUGGGGGAAGACGUUGACGAUGUUGAAGCAAACAGUGGAAAAGACGGUGAGGAAGAGGAGUGUACAGCAGAGGAUGAAUUGGUACCUGUCGAUGGAGGUGAAGAUGAAGAUAAACAUGAAGAAGUAGAUGAAGAGAGAGAUGCAGGUACUGGAGGAGAAGAUGAUAUCGCAGAUGAAGUGAUAGUAGAUGAGAAUGUCGAAGAUGAGGUAGGAGGUGAACACAAUGACUUGGAGCAGGAUGCUGAUCCUAACAACACAUCAUGUGUAGACGAAGAACAAGAUGAACAAGUACAUCGAGAAGAUGAACUGGAGGAAGAAGAAACUAAGGAACAACCAGAAGCACAAGAACAUCAAGAAGAAGUGGAACAAGAAGAUGGUCAACAAGUGCAGGAACAGGAGGAAGAGAUACAACAAGUUGAGAUACAAGAAGAAUCUCAACCAGAAGACCAAGAAGAAGAAACACAUCAACAACAAAUAGAAGAGGAAGGACAACAAGAAGAACAUGGUGAGGAAGCAGAACAGGAAGAGGAAUCAAAAGUAGUUGAAUUAGAACAUUUCGAAGAAGCAGAAGAAGAAGAUCAACAAGAAGAUAUUCAUGAAGGAGCCGAACAAGAGCUGCAAGAAGAACAAGAACUGGAAAAAGCAAAACAAGAAUGGGAUGAUCAAGGAGAAGAACAUGAAGUUGCGGAAGAAGAGAAACAGCAACAAGAUGAAAUUCAUGAAGAAGCAGAUGGAGAAGAAAAUCAGAAAGAAGAGGACACAGGAAUUCCUGAUGCUGAAGACAUGGACGAGCGUGGUGAGACGCGUUCUAAAUCGGAAUCAUGUCCGGUUGAUAAUGAGGAUGGUGCAAAGGAAGAUUCUGGUGGAGAUGCCAGUAAGUCAAGUUGCUCAGAAGAUGCAUUGAACAACGACAAUGCAGAGGACGCAGUCGAGGAGAAGGCUGCUCCAGAAACUAGCCUCGAUAAUGACGAACAGCUGACCACUGAGAAUGAGGAGCAAGUGGCAAUGAAUGACGUGAGCAGCAUCCAUGACGAGUUGAUUGAGAGUGAUGCUGAAAACGCCUCUCGUCCAGAGUCUGCAAGGUCUGGCACGCCCACACUCAUUGAAGAGGAUGUAAACCAGGAGGAUGGGAAGGAGGAGGUCAAUAAUAUCGUCCAAGAGACAUCAACAUCGGCGAGUGACUCGGAGAAGGCUCACAGCGAUCACGGCGAAGAGAGCGCAGACGGUGACUCUUCAACCGAGGCAGAGGGGGACCUUGAAGAUGCGUGCACUUCAGUAAUGGCGGUCGACGAGCUGCAAUGCGAGUCAUCGACACCACAGACUCGUGAUGCUGGGAGGUGUAGAGAUGUGGGGACUCAGGUGAGCCUAGAUGAGGUUGAGGUUUCUGGGAGGUGGAGGCACCUGGCCUCUUCACGUGCAUUGGGUGGAGGACGAAGAGGUAGCGCCAUCCCAACGCCUCCUACUCCUGACAUUGCAUCCCGCGUCUGCUGGAGCAGAAAUGAGAGCACCGAUAUGCCGGAUGAACAUGAAGUCGUGGAAAACCCGGAGCGAACACUGAACACUCGGCAGCCGACGGACGUCCUGUCAGCCGCAGAAGACAGUGACCCGCAAUGGAUCGUCAGCGAGAAUUACCUGCGGCGACGUGCCUUGCCUCAACAGUGCGUCGCAGAGCUGGACACGACCUCGGGAGAAACCGCGGAUGAAGCCAAAUACCUGAGGCUCAAUCGACCGCUCCAGAUGGAUGACAUCUCCUCCAGUGAAUUAGAGGACACACUCAGCCCUGAGCCGUACUGUAACUUCUACCGGGAGCCGCACGGCACCGACUCGGAUCCCUUCCUGAGUGACGCGUGCAGUUUUGACAGCCUGAAGGCGGCAAGACUCCCCGUAGGGGAGAAAACGGCUUCAGCUUCAACUGAACAUAUAGGCAGCGUUCGCUCGGAGGCUCCAGCUACAGAGAAGUUUGUGGAAGCGAAGGACAGACGUGCCUCCUUGAUGAGUGAGACAGCAGAGGCGGGCGGUGAUGAAGGCAGGAGCCUGGCGGCUUGCGGCAACUACUGCACCAUCCUCACAGCUCUGCAGACGGACGAAGGGAGGCUCUUUUCGCCCUACAGCAAGGUGUUUGAUCCGAAUGACCCCUGGGUGGUGCAUUUGGUCCGCUCCCUGGAGCGGCAGUGUAUGACCCAGUGGCUCAACGUGCUGGAGGACACAAAGACUCGAUGGGGCAUGGAGGGCGAGGAGAUCAACGAGAUCAUCCUGGAGGUGAAGCGAGAUGCGCAGAGGCGUAUCAGGCUCGGCAUCUUGGCGGAGCUCGAGAAAAUCAAGAUCAGCAUCGAGGGGAGGGUGCCACAAAAAGUCGGCGGUUCGAUGGUGAAGAGCGUCGCAUCGAGGAUGUUGAGGAAGAGCUCGCCUGGGAUUCUGGAGGCACAGUCGCGGAAUCUAGCCCACGUGAUUGCGGAGCUGAAUAAAAAACAAGGUCACGACAACAAUGACAACAUCAAUGGCAAUGGAGAGAGUGUGAGUAUCGAAGGUGCCCCGUCUACUCUGAGGGUGACUGAAGAAAAUGUGUACGCGACAUUCCAGAUCCCCCAGAUUCUAAAGGAGUUUGACCUAAAGUUGAUUCUUAACGCUGAUGCCGCAGCGCCAGGGGGAGAUGGGGACCUGGAUGACGUGUCUCUGGAUGACAACAAUGGAAACCCAGGCAAUCGAACUGCCGAUCAGGAGGAUGAAGAUCACGAACUCUUGUCUCAAGGGAAUGUGUCUACAGCACUCAACGGUGAAAGUGAAGGGACCACAUGCUGCGAGUCUCUCGUCGGCACUGAUGCGGAAUUUGCCGACAACGAAGCCACAGAGGGACAGAGUGAGUCGGCUUGUCAAGACUCUGCGGAUGGCAGCGUCGAAACUGAAGAAGCGGAAAACUGCGUCAAUGAGGUUGCAGGAGACGAAGAGGUUGAAGCUGCAGCUCACAUCAAUGGAGAGGAAAUUUUGGAAGCACGGGAAUGUGAAGGUAGCCUUCCGGAAAGUGCCACAGAAAAUGAUAAUGAUCGCGACAAUGACGGUGAUGACAGUGAUGGAGCUAGGGAAGAAACGGCCAUUAAAGAAGCGGAGGCCGGUGGUGAAAAUGCUGAAGCGGAUUUGGCUCUGGAGGAUGAACUUCCCGAAGACUCUGAACACUAUCCACAAAUGGAAGCAUGCGAAGAUUGUGAGGGAGAGGUGCAACCAGAGAGUAGUGACGUUAAUGAUGGCGAUGGGAAAGAGGAAGGUGGUUCUGGAGAAAGUGACAAAGAAGAUGCUGGGGAAGGUGAAAAUGCUGAAGCAGAUUUGACUCUGGAGGAUGGACUUCCCGAAGACUCUGAACAUGAUCCACAAUUGGAAGCAAGCGAGGAUUGUGAGGAAGAGGUGCAGCCAGAGAGUAGUGAAGUUGAUGAUGGCGAUGAGAAAGAGGAAGGUGGUUCUGGAGAAAGUGAUGAAGAAGAUGCUGGGGAAGUUGCAGUGCUGAACAAAGAUGAAAUGGAAAUGGCGAAUGGCGGUGUUGAAGAUGGAGAGGCUGGUGAUAGUGAUGCAGGGAGUGGUGUUGGGCAGGAAAAUGCAGAUGAAGACGACGUCAAGGAGGGAGAUGAAGUAGAACCACAAAGUGAACACGGAGCUGCAAGUGACCAGGCAGACGGCAGUGAAGACGCAGACUCGAGUCAGGGUGAUCACGCGAAGGAAAGUGAAGCAGGGGAGGACGAUGUGAGUCAGGAAAUGGCGCAUGAAAAAGAUGCCACAGCUGACGACGACAACGAGGUGAAAAAUGGUUCAGGAGAACAAGAUGAAGAGGGCGAGGAGGAUGACGUUGACGGGAGUGGCGAUGACAGUGGCGAGGGAGGUGGAUCGAAUCAGGAUGUACUGGAUUCACAAAGCGGUGCUGAGGAAGAAGGCGGCGGAGGUGAUGAUGAAGUUGAGGGAAAUGUCAGCAGGGAUGAGGGUGAUGCAGAGCAUGCGCAGAAAGAGGCAGAUAAUGGAAUUGCUGAAGAUCAGGGUGAAGAAGAACGCAUAGACACAGAUGCCAACGAAGGUGGUGAUGACUGUGAUGUUACUGGAGACGAAGGUGGCGAAGAGGAGGUGGGAAGCAAUGCCAAAGAAGAAGAAGAUGAGGAGGCAUCGAUGUCGGACGACGUCUCGCAAAACGGCAGCGCGCCUGAAGAGGAAGAUUUGCAAAAUUGCGACCAAGAUGACGACAUGAGUGGUAGCUGUGAAGCCCCCAAGGAGAACAGGGUAGACGAAAAAGAGGGGGGAGAAGAUGAGGGCGAAGCUGCAAUCGUAGAUGAGGAAGAGCCUGUAGCUGAAGACUGUGAUGGUAGCAUUGGCAACGAUGGGGACAAUGAUGUCGCUGAAAACAAGGGGGAUGGUGAUGAUGAUGAACACGAUGAGGGUGAUGACGCGGAACCAGAGAGAGUUGAAGGGGAUAAUGUGGAAGAAAAUGAAGAUGUAGGUGAAAAUGUGGAGGAGAGUGAUGCUGGUGCGAAUCAGGCGGGUAAUGAAGAAGACGGAGAUGCUGAAAAUGAAGAUGAUUUGCAACAGGAUGAAGAGAACGUUGAGAGCAUGGAGGAUGUGGAGGCGGGGAUGGCGAAUGAAGAACCGCGGGAGGAGGACGGUGAGACUGGUGUUAGCAUAAUGUCUGAUGAGGCUUGCGAGCAAAGUGAGGAAGUGCAGGAAGAAAACGAGGUGGUUGAGCACAAUGGGGUGAGUGAAUCCAACGGAGAAUCGAGUCCCGUGGCGGAGGACGAAAAUGCAUUGCAAAAGAUAACAGACAAUGAUGGGAAGGAAGAUAGCAGCAGAAAUAGGGAGGAAGAAACUUCUUUAGAGGGGGAAAGCAAAGAGGGUGAAGACCAAAAAGUGGAGGCAGAGGAGGAGGCUAGCGAGGAAGACACUGACGUCAGAUCUUGUGACAGCAGCACGGCGGUGAAGGGUUCCAGCAGCUCGUCGCAGGGAGCGGAAGAGGCCGGAGCCGUGCAUGCUCAUGAGUCGGAGGGGACAGUAGCUGCCUGCGGAGGAGCCACGUGCCUGAGUGGGCGUGCGCUACGCUCGAGGUUCCCUAUGAAGAGCAUCGCCGGAGAGGAACAGUGCGCGGACGACAUCGAUGGCGAUGAUCUAGAUUUCUGAGCUGCCCAUUGCGUAGAUGUCGGCGAUGUUUCAGGUGACGUUAACGGGAUAAGGUGUGCCAAGCAAUGGUGGCAGUCGCAUUUCUUCUUCUGCUUUUGAAUGAAUGUUCGAACGAAUGAACGUCAAUGUUAACUUGAGUUAUGAGUAGAAGCCGAUAGCAUUGACACUAAUCAGCACCACAAUGUAAGCCAUGUGUCUUACAGAAACCCUUAAACAGCAAUUUAGCAUGGAUCCUAACCGUGCUAAAUUGAUUAAUAGUAACAUUACUCCAAACAUUAGUUUUAGCCAUGGUUAUAACCCUUAAUCUAAUUAUGAGUCUCACUACAAUCUAAACAUCCCCAACAUUUACCCGAACCGCAGUCGUAGCUUUGACCCUAUCUAUAAUGCUAACUAUCACCUUAUUUCCCAACCCAUAAUCCCACCCCAAACUGAUCCCCACUCGAUCCUAGCCCCGCACCAACCCUAACAUCAGCCCCAACACGAACGCCUCCCCGAUCCUAAGGCAACAUCCAACUCCUUCUCACCCUGGCCCUAACCUGAACACAACGCUAUGUCUCCUUACACCAAUCCUAACACAAUCUAUAAUCCCAUCACUAACCCUGACCACAACUGAAGCUAUACCAUGACUUAAAACGUUGUUUAUAUGAAUGUGUAUUUUAAAUAUAUGUACGUGAAACCCUAAUGAAAAACAAUUGUGACCCAAAACUUUUAAAUCAUACUCUUUGGUUCUUUCGGUAAAGUCACGGAGGUAUAAAAUAAAAUAAAUCACGACGUUUCGGGCGCAACACCCAAGCGUCCAUCAUCAGGUGGGAAAGCAUGGUCUGCUGCUGAGGCAGACUGUUUUAAAAUCGGUCAGGCGUGCCAUUGAGAUGUUCCAAUCGAAUCGCAAUGCAUGGGAGCAGAACUCGGCUGUCCAAUAAUGUAAGUAACCAAUUACUCUAUCGAUUAUAAUCGAUAAAGUAAUUGGUUACUUGCCAGUUACUCUAUUAUUGGUUACAAUACUUGACCAAUCGGAUAAUAUAAAAAGCAGUUGGGAAAGUCUUACUUAUGUUCCCACGUGUGCCCCUGGAUGGGAGGUGAUGGGCGGGGCUUGGUGGCGUCAUGACGUCAUUAACCGUGUCACCCUGGGCGUGGCUUGUAGGAGGUUUCCUACCUUCAGGUUGGCCACCAUUUCUUAAGAGGCUCCAGUAAUCAACCACAAAAGAGUAAGUAGAUUACAACUCUCACAGAUUACUCAACUGAAUCGACAAAUUGGCCCAGCCCAUGUGGGACAGCCUGGGACCCAAGAUCUGGGUGUGCAGGUCCGAGAGAGACAGUUAUUGGAUUGUGUCUCACUCCAAGCGCUCUUUGCAUGUUUCAUUACUGCACAGGACGUCACAUAUCCGCCCCGACCAAUUAACGUCCUCAUCCUCACCCAUGACAGUAUAUGUCCUGGUGUAACUCUUUUUAUUUUUAGUGGAUAUUCACAAAUUCGACCUUUUCACAUAUCCGCCUAUACCUUAGUCCCCAGCGCAGUUGUACUCAGCUAGCUAAAGCAAAGGUUCUGUAAACCGCGUAUUAUGUGAACCGCGUAUUAUGUGAACCUGUGUGCGUCAAGAAACGCAACGAGCAAGAAAGAUUUUUGAAUGUAAAACUCUGAAGUCCGGAGGGUAUCCCUGCUGAAAUGAGAAAUGGGAGCGAUGGCUCAUCUCUGUUGGCGGUUUCGAAACCAGUGACAAAGUGGGUGUAUUUGUGACCCAGAAGGGAUGGUGGGCUGUACUGACCUCUCCCCUCCACCCCCUCUCAAACCCACGACUUUCAUGAUUGGAGGUGAAUCGUUCGGAUAACUGAAUGCCGCGCUGCUGAUGUGAAAUGUCUGAAUGCUCGCAUGCGAGCAAUGUGUGUGGAAUAUGGUGCACUGUAUUCGAUUUGAUUACUUGAAUGUAAAUUGCUUCACCUUAUCCAUUCGCGCGCAACGACACGUGUACCGUUGGUAUAUUUUGCCACCAUUUUUCGCAAACAUUGCCUCAGAACUGAAAACAAAUCCAACUCAGGAUAAUGUUUGAGGCAAUGAGCCUUCCACAGAGCAGACUCUACCCUCACCGCUUCUCCCCCUUUCGCCUCGCUCCACUCCGGUUUACGCUCUCUCCGCUCCAGCAACCAAGGCUUUCUGUCAAAGCGCCCAGCUAUCAUUUACUGCGUGAGAAGUGACGACGCCUCUGUACUCCCACCUGUUGUCUGUAAUUCCCUCCUACAGCCAUCCAUGCUGUCACCUCCAGGCUCAAGACCAUCCUCUUGUCGCCUGUGCAUGUGAAAUAUAAGACGAUUAAACAUCAGUCAGGAGUAAUGUAUCCUGCUCAUGGUUGAUAACCCACUGCCGCCCCAGUCAACCCAGCACUACGAAUCGGUGCACCGCAGUUGAUCGGCAAGUUGCGUGCGGUGGGGUAAAGUGGUGGGUGUACCUACCGCUUCCAGGAUGUCUUGCCAGUGUGGAAGAGUAGGCCAAGACACACCUGAGAGGGGAGGCCCUUCUAGACAGCAGCGACACGAGCGAGCCAUUGCAGGGCCGCGCCUUUACCUCUCCAUAACCUCUUGGUCUCCCUGCUCUGAGGAAGGGCCGUCACCUGGAACGUUUACAGUGAGGCAGUAUUUGUUGUUGUUAAUGAAGACGGCGGUGAAAUAUCUUCACCGGCACUUCUUCACAGCGCGGCCGUCGCAGCCCUGGGAAACCACGUACACACGUACAUACAUCGACACAUUCACUCAAUCACGUACGUACGUGUACAUAUAUAUGUACAGACGUGAUUGUGGGUGACUUUUUGUGAAAUAGAUAAACAGACACGGUUCUCUUUCGUUGCCAAAUAAAAAAUUAAAACUACAUUUCAGAUCCCACCGACCAAGAAAAAUCUCGGCCCGGCAGAAUUUGAGCAGGAAUACGCUAGUGGCCCGGGGCAAGCCAACAGCAUUUGAUUAAUGUGCUACUACACACUGCUGAUGAGACUCGCAGAAGACGAAGCCAAUUCACAGUUCGCCUGCGUAGAUAGGCUGAUGCUGGAAAAUAUUGAUCAAUGAAGCCCAAAGGCUGAGGGGGUGCUUCUUAUGAUGAGGGGGUGCAUUGUAGUAUCCACUUGUGUGCAUGUUAGCGUGCCAUACUACGAACCCGGCGACCCGAGGUUCGAUUCCUACUCACGGCUACGGCCAGUGACGAUUAUCUGAAUCGUUCCUGCGCCUCCACCUUGGUCGACUCGGGGCCUCAAAUGAGUACUUUGGUAUGGUGUGUAAACAUCGCCACUGGGGAGACAAAGGUGGCCGGGCGUGGUGUUGGCCGCCUACCCCGUCGUGUGCCGUGCUAGCAGUCUUCGUAGGUGCUCGCUAACAGCACACGUCUGUCAAGGCUAUACGGGGGAGCUUUGUUUGCAUCUUACUUUCCAGAAUUUAUCUCAUAACUGGGGAAUAUGGUUUUGUUUAAUUUUAUAUUUGGUUAACCAAACAGACCCCUAUCAGUUUAUUUGAUAUAUACAUAUAUACACAUAUAUGUAUAUAUACAUAUAUACUCAUACACAUAUAUGCACUAAUGCACUUUAUAUACAGAGUAGAGUAAGAGCUACCGACUUUUUCAAUAAAUUAAUGCUCGGAUGCAGUCGAUAGUGAAUUGUCGAGUCUUUGCUCACAAUGUCGUGUACAAUCUGAUGCCGUUAUCAUAAUAGCAAAGCACAUGUAUCGUCUAUUUGUAGGUGUGUUAUUAAAUGUGCUACUCUGUUAGAUUAUGUGAAAUCAAUCAAAAUCAUCUUCAUCAAACUAAUCCGCCGAAAGUUCGCUCUCGUGGUGUGGAACGAGGAUGCUGUAGCCGAUGAGACGGUGGUUCUGCAAUGGAUUUAGCGAGGGUUAUGUGCUGGAUCAUGGAUGUGACGAGAUUUCUGGAUCCAAUGAGACGAUUCUGUGCUGGAUGAUAAUGGUGUUCUGUAUCAGCAAUGCAAGGUUUUUUUCUUUCGCAGAAAACAAGUUCACAAUAAAAUAAAAUAAGAAACGCACAAUUCAAAGCAGUCAAAUUUAAACCGGUCUAUCUGAAAUAUAUUUUCUCGUGAAUCUAACCUGGCGCUUGUAAUCAACAAUUCACUGCAUAGAAAAUAGAUUUUUACUCAUCAGACAGUUAUUUUACUUAUCAGUAGACAAAGCACAUGUAUGCAAAUACAUUUUCCGAAUUAAAGCGACAAUAACGGUGUAACCAUGUUACGCACACCAACGAUGCAAUAAAAUUGUAACCUUUACCAACGGGUUGCCAAAUGUCCCUCAAA